AUGUCUGACAUUAAAAUUGCCAUUGACCGUGGCGGAACAUUUACCGACUUCCUAGCUAUCAUUCCGGGCCAGCAAGACUACGUCUUUAAGCUGCUUUCUGUUGACCCUGCCAACUACGAGGAUGCCAACAUUGAAGGGAUCCGCAAAAUUUUGGAACAUGUCCAGGGAAAGAAAAUUGCCCGUGGCGAGCCGUUAGAUACCUCAAUCGUCAGCAGCAUCCGUCUGGGAACCACCGUUGCAACAAACGCUCUUCUGGAAAGAAAAGGAGCCAAGUGCGCUUUUGUCACCACCAAGGGCUUCAAGGAUCUUCUGAGGAUUGGCGACCAGAGCAGACCCGACCUAUUUGCUCUCAAGAUUGUCAAACCGGGCGUGCUGUACGAAGAGGUCGUUGAGAUCGACGAGAGGGUCACAAUGCCUGCGUACACCGAGGAUCCACAAAUGAACGAUUGCAGAGAGCUACUUGACGGCACAAAAUUCGUUGAGGGUACCACCAGGGAGGUGUUUGAGAUUCUGAGGCCUAUUGAUCUUGAUGCCGCCAAGCACGAACUGCUGCGGCUCAGAUCCAACGGGUUCAAGUCCGUGGCUAUUUGCCUGAUUCACGGCUACAAUUUCCAGGACCACGAAAAAAAACUGAAAGAACUAGCUAUCGAGCUGGGCUUCGAGUUCAUCACCACGUCCCACGAGAUCAUCCCUAUGAUCAAGGCUGUGCCACGAGCACAGUCUGCCGUGCUCGAUGCGUAUUUGACGCCUGUGGUGAAAGAGUACAUCCACGGACUGCUGAAAGGCUUCAAGCCUGGCUUUGAAAAGCACACGAGAAUCGAAUUCAUGCAGUCGGACGGCGGUAUGUGCACGGCAGAGCAUUUUACAGGCCUCAAAGCCCUGCUGUCUGGCCCUGCUGGCGGUGUUGUGGGCGAGGCAGAAACUUGUUACGACGCCGACUACGGCGUCCCCAUCAUCGGCUUCGAUAUGGGCGGAACUUCCACGGACGUGUCGCGUUAUGCUGGCCAGUACGAGCACGUUUUUGAGACCAACACGGCUGGAAUCAACAUUACCGUGCCCCAGCUCGAUAUCAACACUGUUGCUGCCGGCGGAGGCUCUAUUUUAUUCUAUAAGAACGGCAUUUUCGUUGUCGGUCCUGAGUCCGCUGGAUCGCAUCCCGGACCCGCAUGCUAUCGUAAAGGCGGUCCCCUCACGGUCACCGAUGCCAACCUGGUGACUGGCCGGAUUGUUCCUGAACAGUUUCCGAAAAUAUUUGGGCCUGACGCAAACGAGCCGCUGGACGUGGAGAUUUCAAAGAAAAAAUUCAGAGAGCUCACAGAUCUCAUCAACAAGGACAAUCCGGGCUCACCAAAGACGGUCGAGGAGGUUGCUCUUGGCUUUCUCACCGUUGCUAACUACAACAUGGCAAAGCUAAUCAGAACACUUACCGAGUCCAAGGGCUACGACAUCACGAGACACAACCUUGCUUCCUUUGGCGGAGCAGGCGGGCAGCAUGCGGCCCCGAUGGCCGAGAUUCUGAAAAUCAAGCGUGUUGUCAUCCACAAGUACUCGUCUAUUCUCUCAGCCUACGGUAUAGCUCUGGCUGACACCGUGGUGGAGAAACAGAUCCCAUCCAGCGCCGUCUACAAGGAGGACGCUGUUUCGGAGUUGUUGGAAAAAUGCGAAAUUUUGAAGGAGGAAGCUAAACAGAAGCUUCUAUCUCAAGGUCUGAGGGAGUCUGAUAUUCGCUUUGAGGUCUUCUUUAACAUGGGCUACCAUGGUUCAGAAACGAAGCUGAUGAUCAACCAGGACGCAGAAAAGGAUUUCUUCACAUCCUUCAGGGAAUCGCAUCUCAGACAGUUCACGUUUGUGGACGACGAAAGAGACGUGAUUGUGCAUGAUUUGCGGGUCAGGGGCACUGGGGCGUUAUCCAAGGUGGUGGAACGGUCACCGUAUAAGGAUUUGGAAACGGUUGCACAGCAGCCUGUCAAAAGUGGCGUCGAAGUGAGCCAGCAGGAAAUCGCUUUUGAUGAAGGAAAAAUGAUGUCCAAGGUGUACUUCAUGAAAGACCUCAGCAUGGGCGAUAUCAUAGCCGGACCUGCAAUGAUACUGGACGAAACUCAGACUAUUCUGGUCACACCGGGUGCACGAGCCAUCAAUUUACCCAGACACAUCAUUAUCGACGUGGACAACGAGAAAACGCAGGACGAAAUUUCCCUGGACCAUGUCGAUCCAAUUUUGCUUUCCGUCUUUUCCAACAGGUUCAUGUUCAUUGCUGAGGACAUGGGCAGAACGUUGCAGAAAAUUUCUGUUUCGGCCAACAUUAAGGAACGCAUGGACUUUUCUUGUGCGCUGUUUGACGAGGAUGGAAAUCUGACGGCUAACGCGCCUCACGUUCCUGUCCAUUUAGGAUCCAUGAGUUUCUCCAUCAAAUACGCUAUUGAGUAUUGGAAAGACAAUAUCCACGAAGGCGACGUUCUUGCUACCAACCACCCCGUGGCAGGCGGAACACAUCUUCCUGACAUUACCAUUAUUUCUCCAGUCUUCAUCGAAGGGAAGAUCCGAUUCUUCACCGCCUCCAGGGCACACCACGCAGAAAUAGGAGGACUCACUCCUGGUUCUGGCUCUACAAUGGCCACCAGUUUGGCUGAGGAAGGUGCGCAGUUUGAAGCAUGGAAAAUUGUUUCCAAGGGUCAAUUUGAUUACGAAGGGCUACACAAGUACUUCAUGGAAGUCCCUGCAGAGGCUCCUGGCUGUUCACCAACCAGAAAGCUCGAAGACAACGUUUCUGAUCUCAAGGCGCAGAUUGCCGCAAAUCAGCGUGGUGUCAACCUGUUGGUGGAUUUAUUCAAGGAGUACGGCGUUGAGACAGUGUUGUUCUACAUGCGCAACGUCAAAAAGACGGCUGAAAUGGCCGUGCGUGCAGCCCUUAAGAAACUUGCUAAAACGCACCGCGGAAAACUCCCGCUGCGGGCAGAAGAGGUGCUGGACACAGGCUCUAAAAUUGUGGUGUCCAUAGAUAUCAACGAAGAGGACGGCUCUGCUGUUUACGAUUUCACUGGCACAACAGAGCAGGUGUACAGCCCGCAAAACUCGCCGAUUGCAGUGACCCACGCCUGCGUCAUUUACGGGCUGCGGUGUAUCAUCAACUCGGACAUCCCUCUGAACGAGGGUUGUCUUGUGCCGAUCGAGAUUAUUGUUCCAGAAGGCACGUUGUUGAACCCGUCCAAGGAGGCGGCUGUGAGCUCCGGAAACGGCAGUGGUUCCCAAAUUCUUACCGAGACCAUUUUCAAGGCCUACCAGGUGGUGGGUAGCGGGCCUGGAUCGAUGAAUGCACUACACUUUGGUGUUGGAGGCUUGGAAAACGGCCAGCUUGUUAAAGGAUUCGGUAUGGUUGAGACUAUCGGCGCCGGCAGCGGUGCAACAGAAGGAGCAGACGGAUUUUCGGGCACUCAGUGUCACAUGACCAACACGAAAAUCACAGAUCCUGAGGUGCUUGAAAAACGGUAUCCGUGUAUUCUGUGGGACUGGAGUAUUCGUAAAGGGACUGGUGGAGACGGUAAAUGGAAGGGAGGCGACGGAUUGCAACGGAUUAUUCAAUUCACCACGAAAGUGGAAGCGUCGAUUUCCUCGUUCAGGCGUGCUACGUCUCCCUAUGGUAUGGCUGGCGGAUGUUGUGGUGCUCGUGGUAUCAACAAAAUUGGGAAGCAGAUGAAGGACGGGUCAGUCCAAUGGUUUGGGAUUGGAGCCUUUGCCGAUAUCGUGCUCCAGAAAGGUAUGUAUAUCGCGAUUCUUACUCCAGGAGGAGGUGGUUACGGCGACCCGAAAGAAAGAGAAAAAGUCGUGAUGAAGACCGGGCACGAGUUGCCAAGAGCCCCACUGGCCGGAGGGACGCUCUCUAACAUUGUUGAGGCCGCAAACACCUCUCAGUAA